UAGAUUUUGCUGUCAACAUGCAUGUUCAUGAUUGAUAGUCAAUUAAUCAACACAUUGGUUACAUUCCUAGUUGCUACUGUAUGAAAUCUGGUUCCAUUGUCUGCCUAGCUAGUGAAUUUGCAAAAAACAUUAUAAGACAAUCAUCGGCAGAGCACAUGCUAGCUAGUUAGCUACUGAAAUGUUAUUCACUCAGCUCAUCAUAGUACUGUUUUAUAGUAGAAAAAGAAGUAUUAGAUGGCCAAUUCCCUUGUCUUAUUCAGAUACCAGAAGAAAUGUGAUGAGCUGGUGGUGCAGCAGAGGGACUUUUCCUUUAAAUACAGCAGUCUGGAAAAGGAGAAGAAAGACAUUGUGCAUUUCCUGAAACGAUCUCUAACUCAGAAAGAGGAUGAGCUUUCAGACCUCUCUGAGCAUCUCCUAGUACUCAAGCAAGCCAAGGAGGCAGAGAAGGAGUCCUUGGAGAAGCAGGUGGCUCAACUCCGCCAUGAGUUCCAGGAGCAGAAAGACCAGCUCACCUCUGAGAACAUGGUCCUGGCAGGAAAGCUGGCUGCUUUGGAGGAAUUCCGAGUGCAGAAAGAGGAGUUUAUGUCACGCUUUACAACUCUGGAGGAGCAGCUAGAAGAACAGAAACAGAAGCACCAGAUUGUCAUCUACAACCUGGAGAGAAAGGCUGUGCUAGACAACAACAGGCUGAAAAAAGAGAUGCAGCAACAUGUGGCAGCUGUAACUGCAGAGUUAAGGCUGGUCUCUGACAGGAAGAUGCCAGAGACCACCAUAAGGGCCAUCCAUGAGAAUGCAUCUGUUACAUCACAGCUGCGCAGACUUGCAGACAAAAGUGACAAACUAUUAGAGGAGAAUCAGGUUCUAAGACAGAGGAAGAAACAACUGAAAUGGGAGGGGGAGGUGCUAAAACCUGUGCUGAAGGAAACCAACAGCAGGAGCCUCAGCAUACAGAAGGUUGUACAUCAGCUGAUGGUGAAGUAUAAACAGCAGUGUGUGGAGCUGGAGGAGAAUGAGAAGAGGCUUGCACAGCAUGCCCAGCUGCAGCGACAACAUAGUGCACUACAGCAGGACUUCAGCAGCCUUAGGCAAGAGCUGGAGUCAGUGAAGGGGGAGUUGGAAAAGAACAGCACCCAGGUGGAGAGGCUAAGACAAGAGCUGAUGAAAGAACAAAGCAUUAGACGACAGCUGGAGACUGUUCUGCAGGAGGCAGCUAUGGCCCUCAAACAGGCCCUGAAGGAGGUGCCCAAUGAGGAAGAUUCAGAGGUAAUGAUGCUUGCACGUCGAAACCAGAUGCUGCAAAAGCUCUUUGUGGUGCUUGAUAGUGCUGCCCUGCUGGGGAAAGGACCUGCUUUGACAGAGUUCAUUGUAGAGACAGACUCUCUACAUGAACACAAGAAAGACCAAGGCCCUCAGAGACCUGGAAUAAUCCUCCCGCUGUUGAAGGCCACUAAACACAUGUGUCACUACAAGAUGGGGGACCUGGGACUGGUCCCUCAGUCUAACUGCAUCCACAUGCCCAAAAUGGAGCCCUUCCCUGUAAGCACACAUCUGCACACACCAUGAGGAGCAGAGUAAGUCUGUGUGUUAAAUUAUAUGAGUUUUUUUCAGUCAUUUUUUACAGUAGUGCAUUGAGUAUAAGAUAAUCUAUAUCAAAAUAAUAUGUUCAGAAUCAAAUAUUUCUGUGAUUGGUCAAAUUUGUA